CUUUUCAUUGUCCCUUCGGAAGCUGGCUGAAAGCUCAGUCUGCUUAAGGCAAAACCUCAAAUUCGAUGUAAAACAUGAGCCACUUUUCGGAUGCGAUGACUACGCUGAUCAUCAAGGCACAGAAGGUGUCUUGCGACUUCAAUGAUUUGCUGCAGAAGACAUCGUGUCUAAUAGCUGAUUGCCAGAGUGUGGAGAAGAAAUUCGUCGAGUGCUGCGGCGUGCAGGACGAUCAAUUGCUGAAGAACUUGGUGAAAUACUGCAAUGACGAGGAGCGCAUACAACAGCUGCUCGAGAACGCCGAGCUGAAGCAGACUGUGGAGGACUACAAGGAGGGCGUCAAGCAAAUCAUGCAGAAGUUCAGAGAUCAUUGCCAGCAGAGCGCACUCAACGAGAGGUUCAAUCUGCGCCGCAGAUACGUAUCUCAGCUGCAGAAGGUGGUCGACAAUCUGGAAAACCGAAUCGAGGAGAUGACCCUAAUCAUGAUGUGCAGCAUCAGCAUGGAGGAGAACCACAGCACUGAGAAUCAACGCAUCAUCCAACAGCUGGCCAAAGACAACGACGAGCUGCGACGCAAGCUGCAGAUACACACGAGCUCCAAUGGCGAGAAAGUGGAUUACUUUAAGCAGGCUCUGCCGCUGCAGACAGACUCCGGCACCCAGAUCGAGGUGGGCGAUACCCAGGACUCGGACACGUGCAGCAUAGGAAGCUUCGGCAGUUUCGAGACCUGUUUCUCGUCCGGCUAUGAGUACCAGUCGACAGACAAUUCAGGUCAAAGCCAAUUCGAAGCAGAUCAACUUUAACGGGCAUCGCUUUAUACAUGUUACAUCAUAUUAAGCUUUAUAAUAAUCAGUUAUUUACCUGCUCAA